CCGUCUAUCCGGUGGGUGCACUGUGGGAACAGUAUAAAGCCGCACCACAAUCCGAAACGAUGGGAAAAAGUUGCACUGGAGCUCAAGCGCGGUGUCCUGUUGCGUGAUCUCCCGCAGAUAAACUCAGGAAACUGUCUCCCAUUCGGUGAUCCUCAGCUCAGAGCGCAGCAGUCAACCGCGCUGUGCUGCGUUUGUAGUCCGGUGGAGAGAAAAAAACAGAAGGGGGGGGGGAAAGGAGCCACAGCAGGAAUACAACUUCUUUCAUGCGUUAUUUUAUUUGAAAGCGCAAAGCUGCUUCGGAGUCUCCAGACAUGAUGAAUUGUAUUCUCUUCUCCGUGCUGUUUGGAUUUUAUGGUGUUCUAGCAAAAGAUAAAGAUCAGAAGGGGAGGUUCAGCGUCCCUCUCCUGGAUGUCAAAACUCGGCAGCAGGUUCUGGAUGCUAACCAGAUGCUAACGCUCAACUGCAGGGGUCGCUGGCAGCUGAGCUGGACGUUCCCAGCAGGCUUGGACAGAGAUCAGGUGGACGUGAGUGAAUCUCGCUGUGGAAGGACGAGCAAGCAUUACUGCAGCCAGGUGAAAGUCAGCAGCAUCCAGGCCCAGCACACCGGCCUGUUCCGCUGCAGGUACCAGGACAAACCACAUAAACAGACAUCCAUCUACGUUUAUGUCACAGACAGCCAGCAGCUAUUCGUGGAGGAUGCAAAUAUGAGCCCAGACGUGUUGUACCUGAAGGAAAAGGAGCCACUGGUCAUCCCCUGCCGGGUCACCAGCCCCAACGUCACCACAGAACUAGUAAAGUACCGCAGCCACAGCUUGAGUCCAGACCAGAGGAACAUUAUCUGGAACAGCAGGCGAGGCUUCACAAUCAGAUCUCCCACCUUCUUUUACAUCGGCCUCUUCUUCUGCCAGACCACUGGUGACAUAGUCCGACACCAGUCACGCAGAUAUUUUGUACACAGAAUAGUGAAUAAAAUCAAAGAUGUGCGUCUGAACAGCAGUGAACAUACGCAGGCCUUAAAGGGACAGCGACUGGUCUUGAACUGCUCUGCCACUGCAGAGUUGAACACCAGAGUCAACUUCACAUGGGACUACCCUGGAAAGAGUAUCAAUGCCGGCUCAACUUUCAAAAGGCUCGUGAAGCAUCAAACAGAAAUGUUGUUCUACAGUAUUCUGACCAUCCCGAAGCUCCAGCGUUCAGACCGAGGCCGCUACACGUGCCGCGUCACCAGUGGUGAUCAAAGCCAGCACAAACAAGUCAAUGUUAUUGUCUAUGACCGACCAUUUAUCAACCUGAAACCCAGAAACGGACUGGUGAUGAUGGUGCAAGCAGGAGAGAAAUCUUAUAAAAUCUCUCCCAAACUGCGAGCAUUCCCGGCCCCAAAAGUCAUUUGGCUGAAGGAUGGCACGGUUGCAGCAGAGCAAUGCUCCAGAUACCACAUGAGUGGAAAUUCCCUGGUUAUCCGGGAUGUUGCAGAAGAGGAUGCUGGGAAGUACACGGUCCUCGUACGAAACCAGGAACACAGACUCUACCAGAAUCUCACACUCACACUUGUGGUUAACGUGAGUCCAAAAAUAGGGGAGAAAGCGGUGUUGCUGCAGGACCCGGGCUCCGUACCACGGGGGAGCAGACAAGCCCUGCGUUGCACAUCCCACGGAGUCCCUCCUCCACACAUCCAGUGGCUUUGGCAUCCCUGUCCGUCUAAAGGCCUGUGUGUGUGUCCCACGUCUUCCUCACUAUGGAGCCCUGUGACAGAGAGUCUUCCCGCCUCGUUUACACACAACCACAUCCUGAGUGUUACGCACAGAGAGGAAGUGCUUCGGGGGAAGAAAAGGACGGUGGGGGUCCUGACUGUCGCAGAGGCCUUUGUGUCUGGAGUGUAUCGCUGCAUCGCCUCCAACUCUGCGGGGGCAGACCAGCUAGACAUCCACUUCUACAUCACAGAUGUCCCUGGAGGCUUCUGUGUAAAGCAGCUGGAGGAGGCCAGAGAGGGUGGAGACCUCCACCUCACCUGUUUAGCCAAUAAAUACCUGUACACAGCACUGUCAUGGCAGAGAGUGAACAACACAGAGGAAGCCCAGUCUCGCGGCUUGAAUAAUCAGCAGUUCACAUUUGGAGAGUUCUCCAACUCGCUGGUCCUGUUAAUAAGCAACCUGACGGCCAGAGACAGUGGAGCCUACAGAUGCUCCGCCCGCCACAUUGUCACCGGGCAGGAGACACACCUGGACACACAGGUGGAGGUGAUAAUCCUGGAGCCUCCUGUCCUGGUGAGUAAUUUGACAGAUUGCACCGUUAAUGUUAGCAGCUCAGUGACCCUCAGCUGUCCAUCUCGAGGGGUCCCACCCCCAACCAUCACAUGGUACAAAGACCAGCGUGCUCUGCUGCAGGGAUCAGGUAUUGUUAUAUCAGCAGAGGAAGCGAGGCUCCAUAUUGACCGGAUCACAGUGGAGGACGAGGGUCUCUAUACGUGCCAGGCAACCAAUGAGAGGGGGUCUGCUGAGAGCUCGGCCUACAUAUGGGUUAGCGGUGCUCCAGAAAGCUCAUUUCUUGAAAUCCCUACUCUCACCUGUACCUGUGUGGUGGCUGCUCUCUUUUGGUUUUUGAUCACGCUCUUCAUACGAAAAAUGAAGCAGCCCAACAGCUCAUACACCAAAACCGAAUACUUGUCAAUCGUACUGGACACAGGAGAGGGGCCGAUAGAUGAGCAGUGCGAGAGGUUGCAUUAUGACCCCAACCAAUGGGAGUUCCCCCGGGAGCGCCUGAAAUUAGGAAAGCUUCUAGGCCGUGGGGCCUUUGGUAAAGUCAUGCAGGCAUCUGCAUUUGGUAUAGACAACGGCACCAGCUGCAAGACUGUGGCUGUGAAGAUGCUCAAAGAGGGCGCUACAGCCAGCGAACACAAGGCAUUGAUGACUGAACUGAAGAUCCUCAACCACAUUGGAAACCAUCUGAAUGUCGUGAACCUUCUGGGAGCUUGCACCAAACCAGGAGGACCGCUCAUGGUCAUUGUCGAGUACUGUCGUUUUGGAAAUCUUUCAACCUUCUUAAAGAACAAGAGAGACGUGUUUGUACAAGACCGGCUGGCUGGAGUAAAAGGUGGAGGGCAGUGUUGGGACAGCAGCGUGUCCGACGACCAGAGCAGCUUUCACACAGACUUUGAUGAGAGAGAUGAGCAGGGCCUCUAUCCACAAACUGCUCCCAAUUCCCCUCUUUACUUGGAGGAUCUCAUUUCUUUCAGCUUUCAGGUGGCACGAGGAAUGGAGUUUCUGGCCUCUCGCAAGUGUAUUCACAGAGACCUGGCCGCGAGGAACGUUUUACUGUCAGACAAUAAAGUGGUGAAGAUAUGUGACUUCGGCCUGGCCAGGGACAUCUACAAAGACCCCGACUACGUCCGCAAAGGAGAUGCCCGACUCCCUCUCAAGUGGAUGUCUCCCGAGUCCAUCUUUGACAAGGUGUUCACCACCCAGAGUGACGUGUGGUCCUACGGCAUACUGCUGUGGGAGAUCUUCUCUUUGGGAGCGUCCCCGUACCCUGGACUUCACAUAGAUGAAGAGUUCUGCCACAGGCUGAAAGGGGGAACAAGGAUGCGGGUGCCAGAAUACAGCACGCCUGAGAUUUACAGCACAAUGCUAGCAUGUUGGGAGGGCAACCCCGCCGACCGACCCACCUUCACUAACUUGGUGGAGACAAUGGGAGAGCUGCUACAAGCGAGAGUGCAACAGGAUGGGAAGGAUUAUAUUCCUCUGGGAUCUUUUAUGACUGGAGAAAGCGAUCGCUGUGAGGCCUUCAAAGAAAAUCCGCUUGCAGUCACAAACCUGAGUUACAUGAGGGGCAUGGCCACACUGCAGACUUUUGAGCAUUUGCCUUGCGAGGACCAAACCACCCCUAAUGAUGAGCAGACCGACAGUGGCAUGGUCCUCCCAUCUGAGGAACUGAAGAAUAUGACGAAGAGCAACAGCAGCAAGCACAGGAAACUCAGCAGGUUCUUCACCUUCACCAAGUGUCGAGACACCCAGGUGCCCUUCCUGUGCAGUGACAUUGCAGGCCUCCGUGAAAAUGACCCCUCGAUCCUGCCAUGUGACUGGGAGUCUGACGAGGGAGGCUCCCCUCCUCCAGACUAUAACUCAGCGUUCCUCUACCCCUCCCUUUAGCAUCCACGCUUGUGUAUUUUUCACAAUUUCAUACAGGGUUUAUACAGCUUUUUAUAAUUUCUCCAGACCUCAUCUUACACUUUUUUAAUCUACCCCACCUCACUUUUUAUAGUAUCUGCACGUCUAAAUGCCCCAGAUACUUCAGCCAAACUUGUUUAACCUCCUAGGACCUGGCGUCCACAUAUGUGGACAUCACAUUUU